CUCCGCCCUUCCAGAACCGCCGCUCCCGCAGCGCCCGCCCGGAACCGGACGCGUGUCAGCGCCGUUCCUGCCACGCCCGCCAUGGCGGCCCCCAGGCGCUCCCUGUCCCUGCGGGACACCGGGACUCCGCCCGUAGCCCCCGGCAGGCCUAGCCCCAGCCCCCCGCCCUGCGGGGCGGGCGAGCCCGAGCUCAGCUCCGAUUCCGAGCUGGAUGGCGAUGGCGAUACCGAGCUGGAGCUGGAGUGCAGCUCGUGCCUCAGCGAGGAGAGCGAUGAGGAGCAGGGCGGCGGCGCGCCCCGGCCCUCGCAGCGCUCGGCGGUGGCCGCGCUGCUGGAGCAGUGCGUGGCGGCGGGCACCGUGAGCCAGGAAACCUUGGAUUUAACUUGCAGAAGAACGCCAUGCUUUGCAAAAUUCGCAGAGAUGGAAGAAAUGGUAAACAUGGAAGCUGAAAUUAAUGAGAUAAAACUGAAAACUGAAAUAAUGCAGUUGGAGCAUGAGACAGCAGACAUUACUCACCGUUUCUACUUAGGGAAAAAGUGCGAGAUUUUGCAAGAUAUGAACAGACACCUGGAGGCCAUACUGAAAGAGAAGAGGGAUCUCAGAAAGAGGUUGAUCAAACACAGAUGUCAAGAAAGCCUGCCUAUUGAGGCUACUUAUCACAAGUCUAUAGUAGAGUUGUUGACUGAGGCUGUGACUUUCAUUGAGAAGCUUGAAAGCCAUUUGCAGUCUGUGAGAACCAUCCCUCAGAUACCACAUAUGAUGAACAAUAUGGACACCACUUUGUCAAAAACAAAGGUGCUCAUGAUAGAAUUGGAGGAGCUGACAGAGCAAAUACUGAAAUGGGAAGAACUGCAGAAAGAAGUGUAUUCUAACAAUGUAUGCAAUACUGCUGACUUGGACUUUGGCUUAUCUUUAACCUAACAAAUCCUUUUCCUCAACUUGGAUGACUACUCAAAGAACUACAUUCUUAGAGUCUUCUGUGAAAACUGCAACAUAGGUCUCUUUUAAUCCAACAGAGACUUUGUAGGUAGUUAUAUUUCUGUUAUUAAGUAACAGUUCUCCUACUAUUUACAAAAAAAAAGGCCAAUGCUCAUAGGAGGACAGGGUACUGAGAAACCUGUUAAAGAGUUCCUUUCUGAAAUAGUUAGAUAGGGGUCCCUUGGAGCCUGUAUCUUCAAUGGAAAGUUGUUUCAAUUUUUUUUGCACUUGUUGUAGUAUCUUUAUUCAUUUUUGUAAGCAUCUUGAUAAAACACUGUAUUUUGUAUGUUGCCAUAAAACUUUAAUAAAAGCCCUAGAUUUCAAAA